AUGCUAGGCUUUUGGGUAGGAAUCGGUGCAGGACUGCCACUCGGCUGUUACUUCCGUGAGAAAGGAAUCAGCCGCAGAAUCUCUCAAACGUUCUUGAUUCGAAGAAAGAAGCUUGAUGAAUUUGACAACGAGGCAGGUGAAUACUAUAAAAAUCUUCAAAAGGGAAGCUCAGACCCUGAUGACUUUGAAAGAUACAUCUACGGAUCCGUUGCUAAAAAGGGCUAUAAAGACGAAGUCGACACACACAAACAAGCAGCAGAGAAAAGACUCGGCGAAGACUUCCUUCAAGAAGUCAAGGCACUGAAGAGAUAA